AUGUCUGGAGAGUUGGUUGUCUCCGCUGCACCUGGCCACACUUGGCAAGGCAGAGGAAGGCAGGUGAUUGCGACAGCUCGCUCUGCAGACAUGAUCCUAAUGAUCCUUGAUGCUACAAAGGACGAUGCUCAAAGGCAAAUGCUCACGAAGGAGCUUAACGACGUGGGAAUCAGACUGAACAAAGAGCGGCCAAAAAUCUCAGUGACAAAGACGAAAGCCGGCGGCUUCAAAUUCAACGCCACGUGUACGCUUACAGAGCUGAGUUCUGAAGUAUGUUUCUCCAUUCUCCGUGAGUACAAGAUGUUUAAUGUCGACGUCGUCGUGCAUGAAGACGCCACCAUCGAUGACUUUAUCGAUGUUUUGGAGGAGGCUGGCACGGCACCACGUCAGUAUUGCAGAUGUAUUUAUGUUUACAACAAGAUUGACAUGCUCAGCAUUAGUCAGGUUGAUCAGCUUGCUCGACAACCAUACUCCGUGGUGAUCUCCGUCAGCAAGGAGUUGAACCUUGAAGGUUUGCUCGAAAGGAUCUGGCAGGAGUUGGACUUACGGCGGGUAUAUACCAAGAAAAAGGGCCACUUCCCUGACUUCACCGAUCCGUUAGUUUUGACAUGCCAACGCGGCAACAAGACUUUCACUGUCGAGAAUGCAGUUGGUCUUCUUCACAAGAGCAUAUUGGAUGAGUUCAAGUCUGCCCUCGUGUGGGGCUCUUCAGUGCGUGCGUCUCCACAAGUUUGUGGCCUGAAGCAUGAACUCCAAGACGAAGAUGUGAUGCAAAUCACAAAAAUGACGGCGGCUGAAAAGAUCAAGAAGAUGCAUGGCAAAAAGACAGGCACAACGUUGGCAGGUGGCAAUACGCAGGUGGACCCAACAGGCAAAAAGGAGAAAGAAAAGAAGGCACCUCUCAAGACCUGA